AUGACGAAUCUUGGCGAGAAGCUCACUGACGAGGAGGUCGAUGAGAUGAUCCGCGAAGCGGAUAUCGAUGGAGAUGGACAAGUGAACUAUGAAGAAUUCGUUACGAUGAUGACGACCAAGUAA